CCGCUCUUUAUGGCGAUUUACCGACAAAUGUGGAAAAUCAUUUAUUUUAUCUAACUUUUAAAGAACAUGUUCGAAAUGGCCUCCAUUAUUUUCUAUACACAAGCAACACUUUCUAAUAAAAUUGUCCUUAAGUCGGACAUUUGUAUAUUCAGAUGUAUAGAUUAUCCCCUUAUAAAUCCCCCAUAUAAAGAAAUCUAGAGGAUUUAAAUCGGGUGAACUUGGAGGUCAUCGUAUGUGUCCACUUCUACCUAUCCAACGCCCAGGAUUUGGUCUACCUCUUCUAACCACAUACUCCCGAUACAUGCGAGCAGCUGCCCGAGCAUUUCCUAGGGCGGCAUCAUAAUAGUAAUCCAUUUCUGCAUAAUCUAGCGGAGAAUAUGACAUGAUUCUACUCAGAUUGCGUGAAUUAGUAAUUCUAGUCGGACCGAAGAUUGAACGCUCCCGCACCAGGAAUGCCGAGUUAUAUACUAUACUCCACCUAGGGACUAGCUUUUCUACUAAAUAUACAGGAUUCUUAGAAUGUAAUACACGAUUCAAUGUUAAGUAAAAAUAUUGAAAUAGAAACUUCAUUGGUAUUAAGCCAUUGAAAAAGUCUGAAACUAUGUGGUCAAAGCAAGUCACAAACAAUCCACACUAGAUAUCUAUCAUUACUAGUAUUUCAUCUACUACACUAUAACACGUGUGUGAAAACCCCACAUUGCCUUAUCUUAAAUGCAUAUUUACGUUAUCUGAUCACAGACAGGGUCGUAGCGUACAUCUCUCGUGCAUGCAUCCAUGGUCAUAGAUCACAAGAAUACGGAAGAAUAAUAAGUUGUAAACUGGCCUUGAUUUAGCUAGCCGUAUCUCACACCCGUAUUUCGGGAAAAAACAAAACGAUUGCUCGUCUUGCAGUUCCACGGGUCUGCGAUUUCAAAAACCCCAAAUGGCGAAGUGAUAGCGAAUGUUCGUAUCGUUUAUCGUGGCUCAAGAAACAAGUUGGCCCAACAAGUUGAUCCCACUCCUUCGAGGUCUUCCAAUUAGCCAGCAUGUGCAACCUGUUCACCCCUCCCUCCUCGACUAGUAAAAUAUGAUUCGGGGGAUUUUUUUAACAAAGUUGCAAAUCUGCGGGAAUCUUGUAUGUGUUCUGGGGAAAUUCUGUUUCAUCCAUCUGGCAACGCUGAUUUGACAACACUGGUCUUGAAUGACGUUUACAGUUUUGAUGUGUUAUUUGAAGGUAGUUUGAAGCGAGUUUUGAAGUUUGGAGGAGCAGAAAACUACAUACAUGUUUUGAGUUUUUCGUGUAUUCAAAACAUUUUAUUUUGCCAAAUUGACACGUUCAUCUCCAGGUUCCAGCUGUUAAUUGUUUGCAUUUUUGACCCAUAUGGAAUCUGAAGGAGCCAAAAUGUCAACGAAACUGCUCUUCCAUCGCGUUCCGCAGAAAUCUGACCCAAUGCAAACCCCAGUGCUUAUCCUGGGUCAACUGAACCAUCUCACGCAACUCAAAUUCGACAACGUCAGAUGCAAGCUGGAGCCUCGCGUUACCGAAGAGACAUUCAAGCUGGGCAUCUCCAGCCUCCACCCGUCGCCCACCGACACUUGCUCGCUGUACUUAAACUUGGCAACGGUGGCGGCGUUGCCGUUAAGAUGCAGUAGGCAUAACACGCCAUCCAGGGCACAUGCUGUCACGAAGUUGGUGCAGGCACAGUCGGUUGGAUUGGAUGAAGCUAUUGUGAUAGUGUGUCAACGUCGAGACAUUUUAGCCAGCGCGUGCGCGGUAGCUCGGGCCUUCCCGGUGUUCACCAUGAAAUCGAAAAAUGACAGUUCGUCUGUCACCACCGUCGCCGUAGAAUUCGUAAUUGUGCCUGAUAACGAAGAUGACGCAGCUGAUGGUAACCAGUCGUUGAGCGAAGAGGAGGUCGCGUUGCUAGAUGAAAUCACGCAAGGGGUUAGACUGGCUGCUAGGAUCGUCGACACUCCAUGCAACAUGAUGAACGUGGAUCAUUUUCUAGAGGAAAUCAAGAAGGUCGGAAAAGCGUUAAAGCUUAUCCCGACUAUAAUUCGUGGUGAACAGCUGGCCGAAAAAGGCCUUGGCGGCAUCUAUGGUGUAGGUAAAGCAGCCGAAGUACCUCCAGCCUUAGCGAUACUCAGCCACACGCCACCAAAUGCUCAGAAGACUGUCGCGUGGGUUGGAAAAGGUAUCGUGUACGAUACUGGUGGCAUGUGUCUUAAAGGAAGACUUACCAUGCCUGGGAUGAAACGAGACUGUGGCGGUGCAGCUGGUAUUUUAGGUGCCUUCUAUGCAGCUGUGAAAGCCAAUUUUCAACAUAAUCUCCAUGCUGUUUUCUGCCUUGCUGAAAAUAGCAUAGGGCCCAAAGCGACAAGACCAGAUGAUAUUCAUCGAUUAUACUCAGGACGUACUGUAGAGAUUAACAAUACUGAUGCCGAAGGAAGGCUUGUAUUGGCUGAUGGUGUUGUGUAUGCUCAGAGGGAUCUCAAGGCCGAAGUAAUUUUGGAUAUGGCGACGUUGACAGGUGCUCAGGGCAUAACCACCGGUAAAUACCACGGUGCCGUACAAACGAACAACGGCGAUUGGGAGGAUAGUAUGAUGACGGCUGGCAAAGUUUCCGGCGACCUGGUGUUCCCUCUGAUGUACUGCCCGGAGUUGCACUUCAGCGAGUUCAACUCCGCCAUGGCCGACAUGAAGAACUCCGUUGCUGACAGGAACAACUCGCAGAGCAGCUGCGCCGGCCUGUUCAUCGCCUCGCAUCUCGGCUUUGAUUAUCCUGGAACUUGGAUACAUGUCGAUAUGGCCGAUACUGUCUGUACGGGUGAAAGGGCAACGGGUUAUGGAGUCGCCCUGUUGACAACCCUGUUUGGCAGUUGGUGCAAUCAUCCACUUCUACAAGAAAUUUCACCAGGUCUCGACGAAAUAAGAGAGAGUAACGCCAAAAAACCAAGAACAAAAUUGUAAUGUGUUACUCGUUGCCGCAGAAAACACAAAGAUCGAAUGCGACAUAAUAAUUGUUGAACAGAUUUUUUAAAGUGGCGUAAAGAAAAAUCGAUUCAAUGUUUCAUAUUUCUUAUUUUUUUUCCCUAAUACUCGCAACUUAUCAUACAGUGCGAUUCAAAGACAGUGGCAAUAUUUUUAGAGCAAACUUUGUACCAACAGUGGUAAAGAUCAUAUUAAAAAAUGUUUGAGGUUCUAACUAAAAGAGUGGCGUGGACUGUCGCAUAUUUUGACCAAUUGGGAAUGAAAAACUUUUUUAAUACCCUGUUGUUGGUCAUGGGAUAUUUUAUGUAAUGUUUGGGUGUUCUUUCUGAUAUAGAAAUGUUGCUAUUGUUUUUCUAAUCGCCCCGUACAUAGCUAAACGUUAAUUUGAUAGCUUUAAAACUGAAUUGGCUUAUCAUUGCUAACGUUGGUUUCUGAAUCACUUUUUUUUUUCUUAUUUCAACCUUCUGAUCCUGUUUCUUUUUCAUAUUUAGUUCAGUAUUGCAAUUGUCAAGAGCUGAUUAACAGAUUGAUAUUUUAAGAUAAUAAAAUGGUUUUUGGAUUGA